GUUGCAGGAGGAACGUCAUGAUAUGACGUGUCUUUCAGUCGUUUUGAGAUUCGUUGAGCGUUUGUUGUGGUUGAAAAAAAAACUGUCACAUCUGUUUUCCUCUGAUUAAAACUAAUUAAAGAAAAUUAAAAUGGCCCCAAAGGAAAAGGAUAACAAAGAAAAAGUCGAGAAAGUACCUGUGAAAAUUAAUAAAUGGGACGGAUCUGCUGUUAAAAAUGCUUUAGACGAUGCCGUUACAGAGGUGUUAACCAAAAAAUAUAAUUAUGUUGAAAAUUUUGCCCUUAUGGAUGGAAGAUUGGUCAUAUGUGGCAUAGCUGUUGGUGUUGCAAUGUUUGCAUUGAUUUGGGACUAUUUAUAUCCUUUUCCACAAUCUAGGCCCAUUUUGAUAUUCAGUGUCACCACUUAUUUCAUAAUGAUGGGCGUAUUGACUCUCUAUACAACUUAUAAAGAAAAGGGAAUUUUUGCAGUAUGUAUCCAGAAAGAUAGUUCCAAAAAAGGAAAUACUUGGGAAGCUAGUUCUUAUUUGGCAAAGUACGACGAUAAAUAUAACCUAGUUCUUGCAGUGGUAGAUGGUAAGACCAAACAGAGGCGAGAAACGAGUUCCAAGAAAAGUGUCGCCAACUUCAUCGAUGCUAAUGGCAGUGUUGUGAACGAAUUAGUAGAAGCUGAGGUAUCCCGAAUGCACAAUUCUCUCUUGAGUGACCGUAAAGAAAAAUGAUUCAAGCACAAAGUGUGGAUUUUUCAUUUCUUUUAAGUUAUUCCAUGUUUUGUAUUUUCAAGUAAAAUGUUUGAUUCAGAAUUUAUUGA